CGCAAGUGUCGCGCGGUCUCGAGCGGAAGUACUGUUUCUUGUUCGGCAAAGAAAGACGCGUUCCGGUUAAUGACAAAAGACGCUAAUAUGACUACUGAAUCAGCUGUACCACCACCUGCCGUCUGGGCCCAGCGGAGUGAAGUCAUAUUCCUUACGUUAAACGUCGAAUGUACCGAGCCGGAGAUCAAAUUCACCGAGGACUCGCUGACAUUUAGCGGAGUCGGAAAGCCGGAAGGCAAAAAGUACGAACUAAAUGUAGAAUUUUACAGCAAAAUCAAUCCGGACAAAGUUGCAACGAAGAAUAUCAAGCGUUGCAUCGAGUUCGUUAUUGCCAAAGCGGAUCCGGAAGCACCCUACUGGCCACGGUUGAUCAAAGACAAAACCAAACCACACUGGUUGAAGGUGGACUUUAACCGAUGGGAGGACGAGGGCUCCAAUGAUGAAGAAAGUGGUCAAGGCAUGGUUGACAAUAAUCUGUCCGAUUUUCUGCAGAGCUACGAUAAGAAGAAGGAAGAUUUCUCGUUCGACGACCUAAUCGACGGGCAGGAGGAGGGCGAUUCGGACGAUGAUUGUAUUCCGGGGCUGACGGAUGCUUAA